AUCAAUUUAUUCGCCUCAUUCAUUAUUAUAACACUAUCCAUACUCACCAUACCAAUUAUCCUAACCAGCACUCCAAUCUACGAAAGCAAACUCUACCCACAGUACGUGAAAACUACCAUCUUCUACGCCUUUAUAACCAGUAUAAUCCCCACAACAAUAUUCAUUUCCUCAGGACAGGAAAUAGUCAUCUCAAACUGACACUGAAUGACGAUUCAAACUAUAAAAUUAUCACUAAGCUUCAAACUAGAUUAUUUCUCGAUAAUUUUCGUGCCCGUAGCCCUAUUCGUCACAUGAUCCAUCAUAGAAUUCUCAAUGUGAUACAUAACUUCAGACCCUCACAUCAACCGGUUCUUCAAGUAUCUACUAAUAUUCCUUAUUACAAUAAUAAUUUUAGUUACCGCGAAUAAUCUAUUUCAAUUAUUCAUCGGCUGGGAAGGAGUAGGCAUUAUGUCUUUCCUACUCAUCGGAUGAUGAUACGGACGGUCAGAUGCAAACACAGCCGCUCUUCAAGCAAUCCUCUACAAUCGCAUCGGAGACGUAGGCUUUAUCAUAGCCAUAGCAUGAUUCUUAAUUAAUCUAAAUACGUGAGACCUCCAACAAAUCUUUAUAAUUCACCAUGAUAACCUAAAUAUACCACUCGCAGGUCUCCUGCUAGCGGCAACUGGCAAAUCAGCCCAAUUUGGUCUACAUCCAUGACUACCCUCGGCCAUAGAAGGACCCACACCAGUAUCAGCCCUAUUACACUCGAGCACUAUAGUUGUAGCUGGAGUUUUCCUCCUAAUCCGAUUCCACCCUCUAAUAGAAAAUAAUAUGAUAAUACAAACAAUCACCCUAUGCCUAGGAGCCAUUACCACCCUAUUCACAGCGGUAUGCGCUCUCACCCAAAAUGACAUCAAAAAAAUCAUCGCAUUCUCAACUUCAAGCCAACUAGGAUUGAUAAUCGUCACAAUCGGAAUUGGUCAGCCAUAUCUAGCAUUCCUACACAUCUGCACUCACGCAUUCUUUAAAGCAAUACUAUUUAUAUGCUCCGGAUCCAUCAUCCACAACCUAAACGACGAACAAGAUAUUCGAAAGAUAGGAGGCCUAUUCAAACCAAUACCAUUCACCACUACCUCACUAAUUAUUGGCAGUCUAGCACUCACAGGCAUGCCAUUUCUUACAGGAUUUUACUCAAAAGACUUAAUCAUCGAAACCGCCAACACAUCGAACACCAACGCCUGAGCCCUGCUACUAACCCUAAUAGCCACAUCCAUAACAGCUGCCUACAGCACCCGAAUAAUAUUCUCCACACUUCUGGGACAACCCCGAUUCAAUGCUACAAUUUCAGUAAAUGAGAGCAAUCCAUUACUAAUCAACCCUAUUAAACGUCUACUACUCGGAAGCAUCUUCGCAGGAUACCUAAUAACUCUCAACAUUCCACCCACAACGAUCCCACAACUAACUAUACCACACCACCUAAAACUUACAGCUCUCACCGUAACACUACUAGGUUUCGUACUGGCCCUAGAACUCAGUACAACCUCACUAAACCUUAAAUUCAAACACGCAUCAGACCUGUCAAAAUUCUCAAACCUCCUAGGAUAUUUCCCCACCAUUAUUCACCGUUUGGUACCAACAAUAAACCUAGCAGCAAGCCAAAAAUUAGCCUCCACAUUAAUAGACAUAAUCUGACUAGAAUACUUACUGCCAAAGUCUAUUUCCCAUCUAAACAUGAAAUCAUCAAUCACUAUCUCUAACCAAAAAGGCCUGAUCAAACUGUAUUUCCUGUCCUUCAUAAUUACCCUGACCCUAGCCCUAAUCCUAACAACAGCUAAUUUCCACGAGUAA